ACAAGAAAAUACACUUUCAGCGACCACUUUCGGCGACUACAUGAAUCGUGGUCGCGGCAAAUAAGGCUAUUUGCGACCAACAUCCUUAUUAGUUACUGAAUGGUUGUCCUACACCGACGAAAUGGAUAUGUGGUCACGGAAAAGCAAAACCAAGUUGGCGGGGUGGAGGUAAACGUUUGGCGACUAACGUUUCGUUGCGGAUAAUAAGGCUAUCUGCGACCACCAUCCUUGUUAGUUACGGAAUAAUUAUCCUACACCGACGAACUGCAUAUUUGGUCGCGGAAAAGCAAAACCAAGUUGGCGGGUGGCGGUAAAACUUUGGGCGACUAACGUUUGGUCACGGAAAAGAAGGCUAUCGGCGACCAACAUCCUUGUUAGUGACGGAAUAAAUAUCCUACACCGACGAAAUGCAUAGUUAGUCGCGGAAAAGCAAUACUAAGUUGGCACGAGUCCAAUAUUUCGCGCGGGCUGGAGGUAAAACUAACGAUGUUGUGCUAGCCCCUGUAAAAUGCUAAUUUCUAAGUUCAAAAAAAGAAAAAACUACUUAUUUUCAAACGGUGCCAUUUGACAUCUUAAUUCACUUAGGCAUGCAUAUUCUUGUCUCUUCGGCUAAAUCUCAAUCCCACAACUUUUCUUCAUACUUAAAUUCUUUUUUUUAUUAUUAUUAUAAUAUAAUUUUAAAAGCUCGAGCUCGAUGCUUGACUCCUUAUCAAAUAAAUAUAUAGAUCGACAGGAUACGCGACAUGAGGACGUGGCAGGAACGAAAAUUCGCUUAAAAAUAUAUAGAAUUCUUGGACAUCCUACGGACAGGAUCGAAAAUCCGCUCCGAAAUAAAUUUGCACGCAUCCUUUUUAGUUACUGAAUGAUUGUUUUACAUCAAUUAAAUGCAUAUUUGAUCGUAGAAAAUCAAAACCAAGUUGGCGCGAGUCCAGUAUUUCGUGCGGGCUGGAGGUAAAAGUUUUAGCGACUAAAUUUUGGUUCCUAAAGGUUCAUCUGUAGCGACUAAACCAAUUUAGUCGCGAAAAGUAUGAAUGCAGGGAAACCAAAUAAAAAAAACCUAAUUCCCUAUUCUCCUUUUCACCCGCACGUCGCCUUCAUCCCGCCUUCACCCCGCCUUCACCCUGCCUUCACCCGCACGUCUGCACGUCGGCAUCGCCCGUUCGCCGGUUCGCCCGUUCGGUCAUCCCUUCGGCGUCGGCGUCCCAAGGACAAGUUCAAAAUCUCGGAUGAUUAUCAUGGCAAUCUAGUAGCUCAGCAAGCUGUCCACAGAAAAUGCUACAAUAUUCACAGAAAUUGGAGGCACAAUAUGAAAUUGCAUUACAAGCAUGUUAAGAACGUCUUAUAUGUGGAUCCUUAUAGUCAUCCAUACGAACAUGUGACUCAAGAGGAUUGGCGCCACUUAAUUGACGAUGUGUGGAAAAGCAAAGAACACAAGGUGAGAUCAAAAGCUGGCAAAAAGAAUAGGAAAAAGCUUGAGUACAAUCAUUGUUCAGGAUCUCGGUCAUUUGUUGCAACAAUGACUAUACAGCCGGAGUUUAAUGGUUCUGAAAACCUUGAAUUUCCAGAAUUCUAUAAGAAAACUCAUACCAAGAAGAACAAAGAGUGGAUUGAUCCUAUUUGCGCCGUGAAAUAUUCAAAGAUGUUGAGCUUGCGAGAAGAAUCUUCCCAAUCCGGUGUGCAAUUAACAUCAGAGGAGAUGUCUAGGCAGGCACUUGGAAAAAGGAAGAGAUACAUUCUUGGAUUUGAGGAUGGGCCGAAGCCCUCUUCAUCUUCUUCCACACCUAGUCGUGUGUCACAAGACCAUGUUGGGGAGUUACAGAAACUUAAAGCUGAGAUGAAGGAGAUGAAGAUGGAGCGUGAGGAGCUGCAGAGGCAAUUGGAACAGGAGAGGAGAGAGCGUGAGGAGGAAAAGAAAGAGCGAGAGGAAGAACAGAAGCAAAUUGCACAUCUUACAAGUUUGGUGACAGAGUUCUUAAAGGAAAAAACUCAAACGCAUAAGUCGUCUAUCCAUCAUGAUGGGGCCAUGUCAUCAACUGGUGGCACAAAUACUCGUUGAUACAUGGUGGAGUUAUGAGCAUGUGAAUCUAGUUUUUGGUACAUGGAUAGCUUUUGUUCAGAUGAUCAUGGUGGAGUUGUCUACAAGCAGAAAUCAGUUUUUUGUUUAUUCAUAUUUUUAUCUACAUGAUGGUUGUUUGGAUGAAUUGCAAGAUCAGAUAUUUUGGGAUUUUUAAUUUACAUUUUGAUGUGUUUGGUGAUGAUUAUCACCUUAACAUAUGGUAUGGAUGAAACAUUUUGAUGAAUGGUUAAUAGGUUUGCUUGACUUUAGACUUAUAGAUGAUGAUAUUUAUAAUGAAUGAUUAUGGAUUCUCCAACA